GGCUUGUCGAAGGGCGUGUUUUUACAGGAAGAAUCGUAGGUUUGAACGGUCUUGAAGUUGCGUCGAGUGCGUUGCGAGGCUUUGCGGUGCAAGGCUAGUUGUAUCUACAUUCCAAUUUAUUCUCUCUGUCUGUGGUCGCAUUCUACCACAAUUUUAUAGGUUUCUCCCUGGAUCCGGAUUUGGUUUGUGUGUGGGUGGGAUGCUGAAGUGGCUGGUAUUGGCGCCUCUGCUGGGGCUCUGCUACUCGCAGCUCACCCGCUAUGACCCCACCUGCCGAAAAAACUGGGUCGAGUACGACAAGUCCUGCUACCGCUUCUUUCGAAGUCCACUGAAAGACCGGGAUGAUGCCAGGGAUGCGUGCCAAGUGUUUGCCGCCGACCUGAUGAGCCUCAGCACGAUGGAAGAGCAUGCCUUUGUUGUCAACUGGCUGCGCACUCACGACCCGCAGCACAGAGUAUGGUACAUGGGCGCGCGCCAGCAGACGUCCAACCUGUGGACCAACGAGCCGGACAACACACCGCUGCAGGGCCUCGACGCCGCAUUUCUGCCCGACCAGGAGGGCAUCACCGACAGAAACUUCGCCGCGUACAGCUAUUCGGAGACGUCGAACCAGUGGGGCCUGCUGAAGGUGUCCGGCUCCGAUCGGCUGCUCUACAUCUGCGAGAUCAAGCUGGCCGACCUGAACUCGAUUGACGUGGGCGAACGCGACCACACGUACGGCCGGCCGGCGAUGGAGCGGCGGCUGGUGCCGCGCGGUCCCACCAUGGUGCUGCAGCCCAAGCCGGCCGUCUUCGACAUCAGCACCCGGGCCACCGUCAACGACGUCUCCAUCAAGUGUCUGGCGGACGCGUACCCGUACCCCACGUACGAGUGGUACGCAGAGGUGUACAUGGACGACAAGGUCAUCUACAAUAAGGUGGACCCGCUGAAGGAGGGUCGCGUCACCAUCAGCGGCGGCGUGCUCAUGAUCUCCGAGCCCGAGCAGGUGACUGACCGCGGCAAGUACCACUGCCGCGCCUCCAACAAGUUCGGCACCAUCAUGUCGGAGAGUGUGCAGCUCUCCUUCGGCCACAUCGGCGAGUUCAACCAGAAGCGUUCCAACGAGGUGGGCAACAUGAACUUCGGCAAGGCCAUCUACUGCGACCCGCCGCAGCACUUCCCUGACGUGCACUUCCUGUGGGUCCGCGACUACUUCCCCAACUUCGUCGACGAGGACCACCGGGUGUUCGUGUCCCACGACGGCCACCUCUACUUCUCGUCGCUGGAGACGAUGGACGAGGCGGAUUACAUGUGCAACGUCAAGUCCACCAUCUCGGAGAACGGCAAGAUCGGGCCCAAGUUCAGGCUGGACGUGAGGUCGCACUCCAACUUUCAGCAGCUGCGGUUCGCGCACAACUUCCCCAAGUCGUUCCCGGAGGCGCCGCGCGAGGGCGCGCCGGUGCGGCUGGAGUGCGUGGCCUUCGGCUACCCGGUGCCGCACUACAACUGGACGCGGCGCGGCGGAGAGCUGCCGCGCUCGGCGCGCCUCUCCAACUACGACCGCGUGCUCACGCUGAACGAGGUGCGCGUCGAGGACGAGGGCGAGUACGUCUGCCGCGCCAGCAACAGCAAGGUCUCGUCCGAGUCGUCCGUCACGCUCAGCAUCCAGGCCAAACCGCGCUUCACCAUCCCGCUCGAGGACCAGCACAUCAACGAGGGCAUCGAGCUGACGUGGACGUGCGAGGCGUUCGGCAUACCGGAGGUCACCUACGCCUGGCUCAGGAACGGCGUCGUGCUCGACCCUAAGGACUUCGAGCGGGAUCCACGCAUCCAGGUGCAGGACAGCCUGCUGUCGAUCAAGAACGUGACGGAUACGGACCAGGCGAUGUACCAGUGCCGCGCCACCAACCAGCUGGGCAGCACCUACUCGUCGGGGCAGCUGCGCGUGCUGGCGUUCCGGCCCACGUUCGCCAAGCAGCCGCUCGAGCGGCUCAUGUUCUCGGGCCAGGGCCUGAACCACACCAUCGCCUGCGACCCGGAGGCGGCGCCGCGGCCCAAGAUCGAGUGGCAGCUGAACGGCCGGCCAAUCGGCUCGACUUCCAACCCGGCCUCAGCCGGUCGGCGCCGCGUGCUGCCGAACGGCUACCUCCAGCUGGACCCGGUCGGCAUCGACGACGAGGGCACCUACACGUGCGUGGCGUCCAACCGCUACGGCAAGGACUCCAGCUCUGGCCGACUGCGUGUGCUCGCGGCGCCGGUCCUGGUCGAGCGCCCCGAUCUGGAGAUGGUGAAGGUGGUGGACGACGUGGUGACCAUUCGGUGCCGGGCCGAGGCCGAGCCGAACCUCGACCUGGCCUACGUGUGGACCCACAACGGCCUCGUCAUCAACUACAACGAGACGGACACGCCCUACUUCAGAAUCCGCCAGCGCGGCUACCUGCAGAUCCGCAACGUGUCGCUGGAGGAGCGCGGCACGUAUCGCUGCAUCGCCAAGACGGCCGUGGGCGAGAUCUCGGCCGAGACCAAGCUCACCAUCAGCGGACCGCCGGGGGCGCCCGGCGGUGUGCAGGCGUUUGAUCUGAACGCCACCUCGGGCCGCCUCGAGUGGCAGGACUUCGCUGACAACGGCCGCACCAUCAGCAUGUACCGCAUCCAGGCGCGCACCAACUGGAACGCCACCUGGUUCACAAUAGCCGAGAACAUCACCGUGGAGCGGAUCGGCCUCUCCACCUCGGACACGCGCCACUACGUGUUCCCCGACCUGCUGGUGCCGUACUCGUGGUACGAGUUCCGCGUGGCGGCCGCCAACCCGCUCGGCUACGGGCCGCCGUCGCCGGCGUCGCCGCGCUACAACACGGACGCGGCGCGGCCGUUCACGGCGCCCAUCCAGAUCCACGGCGGCGGCGGCAAGAUCGGCGACCUCACCAUCAAGUGGAAGCCGCUGACGGAGCGGUACCGGAACGCGCCCGGCGUCUACUACAAGGUGUUCUGGAUGCGCCACGAGAUCGACAAGGAGAUCGACUACAACGAGAGGGUUCUGAAGGAGUACGGCAACAUCGGGCAGUACGUGGUCGGCAUCCAACGGAAGUACUUCUACAGCCAGUACAAGGUCAAGGUCCAGGCCUUCAACUCGCUGGGCGCCGGGCCCAUAUCGGAGGAGUACAUCAUCUACAGCGCCGAGGGCAUGCCGCAGGCCGUGCCGACAGAGGUGGCCGCCAAGGCCUACAACUCGACGGCGCUCAACUGUACUUGGAAGCCGAUCGAGCACACGCGCGAGGGCCUCCGUGGGCGUCUGCUCGGGCACAGGGUGAAGUACUGGCCGCGCGACGCCGACGAGGCGACCGACUCGCUGAUCCUGCUCAAGUCGUCGCUGGAUCCGUGGGCGCUGGUGGUCGGCCUGCAGCCCUUCACCGAGUACUACGUGCGCGUCAUGGCCUACAACUCGGCCGGCUCCGGCCAGGAGAGCGAGCGAUUCCUCGAGCGGACCUACAAGAACGCGCCGCUGAACCCGCCCACGGCCGUCCGGGUGGAUGGCAUCAACCCGCGCACAGUCGAGGUCACCUGGCGCAUCGCGUCGCCGGGUGUCAACGAGGAGCCUCUCAAGGGCUUCAAGGUGCGCGUCUGGGAGCAAGACCAGGAUAUCUCUGACGCCAACGACACCAUCGUGGAGCUCGGCAACGCGCUGCGGGCGCGCAUCGAAAACCUGGAGCCGGCCGGCCGGUACAAGCUGCGCGUGCUGGCCUUCAGCGCCGGCGGCGACGGCAAGAUGAGCUCGCCCGCUUGGGAGUUCCAGAUGGGUGACCCGGACGUCCUGCGCGGCCCCACGCACCAGAUCAGGUACAGCGGACAGCUCUCGCACGCGGCGAUACCCUCCCAGGCGGUGCUGCACGUGCUGGUGCCGCUGGCCGCCGGCCUGGCCUGGCUGCGCGCCACCGGCGCCGUCUGAGCCGGCACGCGCGAUCCGCCCCUGUGUGGGCGCCGAUCGGCCGAAUCUCGCGCCAAUCUCGCGCCGUGGAGUGCGCCGGCGCCGGACCCUUGUGAUGACGUACAUCCGUUCCGUCCAUGUGAGCGGCCCGGCUGGAGCGCCGACGCCGUGCCUGAAGCUGUUGCCCACCCCCGUCCAGCGCGUAGUCGACGUCAUUUCCGCGGGCGUCGCGCGGAGCGCGUGACUCCGCUUCCUCAAGAGACGGGACAUCUCUGUUACAAACCAGCUCAUCUUCUGUUUGAAGCGUCGUGUGUCAGGCGUUUUGUGCCGGCGGGCGUGCUGUCUGCGCACCGGAAGUGUUGCCCGUCCGUCGUACUCCGGCCCGGCUCGCCUCAGCGGCCGCGUCCGUCCUCUGGUUCUGACUGCCUUCUGAGCGUGAGGCGUCGCCGUAGCAGUGUUUGGUGUGACCGCCGUCCAUUGUCCGCCUUACAUUCCCGUGCGCUGUGCGAGUGAUCGUGACCGUUUGUAUGCGUUUUAGAUCCAGUUUAACCAUCAGAUAGUCGACAUUCCGAAGCCGCGCUUGUCACGUGUCAUUGUUAAUCAGUGUCCUUGCGCUUGUAGUUUUUAAGGUACUGCUCAUCUCCACUUUUGUGAUGCAGAUUUAUUUAAGGGCGUAAGCGUUGGGCAAGUUUGAGCCCAAAAGCACCUGUGGCGCCGCGAUUGGACGAAACACCGGUCAGGUAGAUAUCAAGGGCAACGUCUUUUUGUGUCAGUGACAAAUGCUUCAUCUCAUGCAACGUUCAUUUUAUGAAUUUGGUAUUCAUAUGCCAACGACGAUAAACCUUCAGUAGAUCCGAAGGUACUGGGAAAACAGCGUUAGUAGGCGAACAUUGUUUCUGUUCUCAAACGGUCACGAGUGGAUACUUUCCGUCCGCGUGUCAUGACCAUCAACUCAGCUUAAAACGUGGACGUUAAGAACAGAACCAACGUUUGCCUGGCAACUUUAUAACGUUGUUGAUGUUUUUAUAACGUUGAUAAACCGUGUCUCCUGGCAUAUUGGAGGCCGAUUGUUUAGCUGGAGGCAAAGAAAAACGGUAGCUUAGGGUUUAUAUUAUGCAGCGCUCGUUUUCUUGCAGUAAUAAAACGCCAAAACCAU